GCUGAAUAGGGAUAGCACCAGAAAAGCAAAUUUUUGCCAGAAGCUGCAGAAAAAUCUCGUAUUUCCACCGAUGUUGAUCGUCGAAAGUGACGAAAUAAGUGUUAUUAGAUAGAUUUUAUUCUAGAGUAUAUCAUGCUGCAUUGAUCUUGCACUGAUAAGCAAGAAUGCAUCGACAAUACGGGCAAAGACCCACACCCCAACCCACUGCCACUGGGCCAGCUUUUGGUGUUGCUGGUGGUGGUGGGGUUGGCCCACCCCCAGCUGAACCCUCACCCCAGCGAAGUCCAAUGCGUGAUCAUGGACAAAAUAUGAACAUGGUGAAUGGCCAUGUUCAGGGACAAGUACCGUUUGGUGGAAGCAGUGUCAGUGGUGCAGCGCAGUUCCAGCCGGAAUUCAGUGGACGGAUGCGAACGAUGCAAGAUUUGGGCCCCGGCAGUGAUCGUCGUGGAGGUGGCAGUGAUGGUAGUGUGCACUCACCACACUCACCAGGAAUGCGGAUACAAGGUAGUCUCCCUCGGGAAAGAGAACACAGGGAAAUGCAUAGGAAUCAGGACCCAAACUUUCAUUCAGAUUUAUCUGAACGGCACAACUACCGUCCUGGACCAGACGGAGAUUUCUCUUCAAUGAAACGUCAAAAUCCGGCAAGACCAAACCAAAGCGGCAUGGAACCCCUGGUGCCACCAACAUUGGGGUUAUCUGGUUCAGUUGAAGCUCCACCUGUUGGGAAUGAUUUUGAAGGUGUAAGACUUGACUGUUUGCGCCGUCGUAUGUUAUACGAAGACCCAGAGUUUCCAGCAGCUGAUAAAUCUAUCUACUUCAGCCGCCAUCCACCAAACAGAUUUGAAUGGUUGAGACCAGGUGAAAUACUACGGCACUACCGAGGACUGAAACCUGAGUUAUUUGUCGGAGGUGCUAGCAGAUUUGAUUUGAAGCAAGGAAAAUUGGGUGACUGCUGGGUGAUUGCGGCCCUUGCCAGUAUUUCAGAGAACAUGGAACUGGUCUAUAACCUGAUUCCCCGCGGACAGAGCUUCCACCCAGACUGGUACGCCGGGAUGUUCCGGUUUCAGUUCUGGCAGGCAGGCACGUGGCAGGAGGUUGUCAUCGAUGAUCGUCUCCCAGCGAUUAACGGACAACUUGCGUUUGUUCACUCAAACUCUCCCAAUGAAUUCUGGGGUGCCCUUAUUGAGAAAGCUUAUGCAAAACUCUUUGGUUCCUAUGAGGCUAUCAAGGGUGGCCAGAUUGCCGAUGCUUUGACAGAUUUUACUGGUGGACUCACAGAAUCCUACCUACUCACCCGUCCCAACACCAUCCCAAGAAAUAUUGUCAAUAUCAUGUUCAAGGCACUGGAGAGACAGUCUGUGAUUGGAGCAGGCAUUAAUCAGGCUACUGGUGAUCGUAGUGGUGGAGAGACGAUUCUUCCCAACGGACUGGCUGGGGGCCAUGCAUAUAGCAUCACAGAUAUGAGAGAGAUCAGAAUCCCAAGGCACAUCCUUCCAAAAACAUACCAAGGCAAAGAGAUCCGCCUGAUAUCGGACCGUGGAGAAGUCCCAAUUACUCUAGUUCGUAUCAGGAACCCCUGGGGCAGCAGAAUUGAGUGGAAUGGCCCGUGGAGUGACCGGUCACCAGAAUGGAAUAGUAUUCCAGAAGAUCAGAGGCGAGCCAUGGGCCUGGUGUUCAGGGAUGAUGGGGAAUUCUGGAUGGAUUUUCGAGACUUCCUUGAUAACUUCCACAGCCUUGAUAUCUGCAACAUGCCACCUGAGUCGAAUGUCAUGGCCUCGCGGCAGUGGACAUCCAAAAUCUACCACAGCAAGUGGGUGAAGGGCGUCACAGCAGGAGGAAGACCAAGCGCAAAGGAAACCCACUGGAUGAACCCACAGUUCAAGGUGAUUCUAAAGGACAGUGAUGAUGAUGAGGACAACAGUUGCAGCUUCCUGGUUGAGCUGAUGCAAAUCGAUAAACGCCGCAUGAAAAAUAAGAAUGCCAAAAAUGUGGAUAUCGGUUUCGUGAUAUACAAGUGCGUAAAAGAUUUCCCUGUACCACUCCCCCGGAAGUACUUCGACUACUUUGGUUACGUCGAACGAUGUGACUACUAUUCCAACUCGAGGCAGAAUGUCAAGCGUUUCCUGAUGGAACCAGGGGAGUACGUGGUCAUCCCCUCUACGUUUGAGCCAAACCAAGAAACAUCCUUUAUGCUUAGGUUCUUCUUUGAGAAGGAAAAUCAAACCGAGCCGAUUGAUGAGAAUGUUGAUGUUGACAUACCAGACCCCGUCACAGACAAGGAUCCAGAUAUCAAGAACAAAGAAGCAGAAUUCAAGCGAUUCUUCUAUGAUGUUUCUGGAGAGGAUAUGGAAAUCAGCGCAUUUGAGUUUCACCAAGUGUUGAACAAUGCUCUCCACUCUGAACCCAACCACCGAGAAAUCAGCCUGGGAUCAUGUAAAGCUAUGGUUGCCUUGAUGGAUGUGGACUACUCUGGUCGCCUUGGCUACAAUGAGUUCAUCUACCUUUGGAAUGUCAUUAAGACGUGGAAGCAGACGUUCCUGAAGAGUGACAGAGACAACUCUGGUUUCAUUGACACGAUCGAGCUGAGGAAUGCAGUGGCAUCUCUCGGUUAUAAGGUCAGUGUAAAGGUUCUGGGCAGUAUGAUCUUCAAGUUUGCCGACGAGACUGAUCGCAUCUCCCUCGACAGCUUCAUCAUGUGUAUGGCACGGCUCAUGCAGCUAAGCAAUAUCUAUCACAAUCAAAAGAAGAAAGCAGAGGGUGUUUUCUCACUGGAGGAGUUUCUUCACAAUGGAAUGCUUGUUUAAACACUACUAGGACGGUCUUCCCCAGUGUUUCACCACCAGAAGGCUUGAACCAUAAGGCAGCAGUCUCUGGCAUCUGAUCACGGACAAACAUCCUAGAUGCAGGGACACUUUAGAUGUGCAACAAAUGUGUCAACAAAAGUUAAUGAGAAUUCAGUUGAUUCAAUUGAUUUGUUGGUAAUCUUUUACCAUUUUAUAAAAGAAGACACAGGUGAUGAAUAAAAUUAGUAUUAGACAUUUGUAAAGAUUUUGAUCCGAAUAAUUAUGUGACACUCAAGCCGCUAGUAUCUGUAUUUUGUAUAUUUGUAAAGAUCGAAACUCAUCAGUACUUGUAGGCUUAAAUUAGUAAAUUAGGUUCAAACUUUACUGGAGUAGUUAUCAGGUAGUGACCAUUGGUUACGUCACACGGAAAUGAUCACAGAUGAAAUAUCAAUACAUUAACUAUGAUUGGCGCAAAAACUUCCUUAUGUCUCUAUAUGGGAGUGGUCUUGUAACACAUUGUGUACAUUUGAGCAUUGUAGUUCCCUGGUAGCCUGCCUGGGGAUGGAAUAAAAGCCAAAGUGCAUACAAAGCCGAUGGUCACCACCUGAGUAGUAACAUGUAUUCAAGCUUCUGUUUUACAGCUAACGGUUUUCCUACUUAAUUUAUUCAUAGGCUUAACUCAUUUGGCUUACUUGCCUCUAAGUUGGUUCUCAAAAUACUUCAUGUUUAAGGUGAUUGUGGGCUGGGACAGUAUUUUUGAUUCAGUUAUCAGUAUUUUUUGGCAUAGCAAGGUCUUAAUACAUGUAUUGAAAGUGUAUGUUCCUCAGUAAUGCUCUUUCAGCCAAAUCUCUUUGCCUAAUUUUGAACUCUGAAUUUUGAAAGUAGAUACAAAGUAACGGUAUUAAAUGGAUUCCAGUUUCGAAGUCAAUAAUUUUUCUUUUUUUUAGGUACCAGUACUGAAAACUGUGUUAAAAGCCAUGCAAGUUUCAAUGUGACUGCAUCCGAAUUAAAAUUGAAAAUUCCCAAAAUAUUUUGUAAAAUCGAAAAAUAAUUUUUCAGUCUUUCAACAUCUUCUGCGCAUUCUCAGCAAUGUAUUGGGGUGAUGGUUCUAAAUGUCAACUUUGAUAUUCUUAUAAUAAUCUUUAUAAGGUUUUUGUUAUGCUAUUCUUUAUACAAUUUUAUCAAAAUGCAAUUUUAUAUGUUCCUGUAAAAAUUCUAUUAUCGCAUAUAAAGAGCAGUGUAUUAAGUAUGUGUUAGUCAUUAAUUACUGAAAGCAUCACAAUUUUUACCACCUGCAACAACAUAAAUUUUCAUAAGGGAUUCACAUUGGCACCUUUUUUAGUUUGAAGGUCAUAAGGAUGUCAGUUUUCAGGGACCAUCCUUCCAAAAAUUUGGUUCUGGUUAAUGUGGAGAGUAGUUGCCAGAUGGUGCUAGAAAGCCUCAUAUCAAGAAAAUAAAUAUACAAGUCUGAACGUCACCAGAGAGUACAAAGCUUGCACUUCUGUUACUUACAUGUACUUUAGCAAAUGAAAUACUCCAAUGACUCGGUGAAAAUGUUAAAUAAUAAAAUCGCACACUUUGGAUUAAAAUGAUGUUGUUAAAUUAAGUUAAAACCUGCCAGGCUGCAAUGUGAUUCACAAUAAUUGUUAAGGAAGAUGUUUGAUGUUAACUAAUGGCAAUAUUUUUUGAUAACUUGUGAGGUUUAAACCAUGGGAAAUAUUCCUUGAUUUGGCUGUAAUCUUGAUGUUGACAGUAAACAUGAUAAUAUCAUUUUGGAUUGCUUGGGUGAUUGCGCUUGUAUGUAUGUUUUAUUGACGUUUCUGUACCAUCCACGUUCUAAAACUACUUAAAUAGGGUAAGUUACCUAGUAGUCCAAAGAGUUCAUGUUAUAGUUGAUUUUAUGAUAUGUAUAUGUAGUUAUAAACUAUUGUCUUUGUUCUGUAUUGCCUAUGUAGCUUUCUGUAUAUUUGUGUAUGUAUGUCCACAUCUUUAUUAAAGGACGUGGAGAGCUAUUAAAGGAGCAGUUGUAAUGUGUCUUCAAAGGAGACCCUGCUAUACCGACAGGAAGAACAUGCCAAUGGCCAUCUUCUUUGUUGCAUAGGGUGGACAAGUGCACAUUUUAGUGCCACCUGGGUAUAGCUGUUUGAAAGACAUGUCUGAUCCACAUUGUGUAAUUCCCUGCACAGCAAAAGAAUAUGAUCAAUUGUUCCCGCACUUACAUGUAGUCCCAUUUGAUCACUACUUCAUAUUCUUCUUCCAUGGAUUCAUUCCUAGGCUUCUUGAAUAAAAACUAAAUAUAUUCGUUUAUAAAUUUUAUAUCUGAGGUGUAUGUUUGUUUAUCUUUGUACUAAAGCUGUUUAUACAUGUUCCAUUAUCAAGAAGCGUAUUAUGUCAUAAAGCACCUUGGUGCUUAGAAUAUGAUCCAUUCCAAAAGAAAGUCAAUAAACCUGUUAAUUA